CGUUCGAAACGCAGCUCCGCCACGGUCUACUCUUUAGCCCAUGAGAUUUCUUGCUCCCUCCUGAAAGAAACAUUUUCUGGGCAAGAGAAAGAAUCUGACAGAGAUCAGUUUGGGGAGGAAGAGGAAGAAGAGAGAACCUGAGAAAUUCACUUUUCCCUUCAUUGGGAUUGCAGAAGAGUGACAGGUGUUAGGCAAAACCACAGAUGUUUGGAUUCUCUGGGAAAGCAGCAGUGAGAUUUAGGAAGGUAGAGAGGGAUUCAUGAGGUCUCACAGGCUGGGAGCCACUGUGCUGCAGGGUGUGGGCAUAGACCACAGAGACCUGGGUUCAAAUCCCUACAUAGCCACAAAAGCUGUACUGGGUGGCCUUCCUUGGACCAUUCAUGUCCUCCCAGCAUUACCUACCUUGCAGGGUUGUUGUGCUGACAAAAAUUGGGCGUGUGUUUGUGUGUCUGCAGUCCCGAACUCCUUGCAGGAACAGUGGAAUAAAAUGUGAUAACAUAGAGAGGUCUCCUAGGGAUGCUCACUGGAAAAGAGCUGGCCAAAGGCAGUGGGGGAGUUGUAGUAUGAUUCCUGGAGGUUUAGGACAUCUGGUUCCAUCUCCCUCUCCUGCCAAUGGUCUGUUUUCUUACUCGGGAGUUCAGAGUUCCCUGUGACAAUUGUAGAAGGCAGCCUGCCCUUUGGCACUGUCCAGGACUUGUUAAUUAAUAACUCUGGACACAGGAGGGGAGAGAUCAUCAGAUCUCAGACAUAAGAGACCAUCAGAUCCAAGAGACCAUCAGAUACCAGACAUAAGGCUACCUUAGCCCCCAAGGCAGAAUCUGGGGACCCAAGCUCCAGACUGUCACCCAGUAAGCCCGACAGCUUUCCCAGGGAACCCAGGAAUCUCCCCCAUCACCCACCAUGCAUUUGGACCCCACACUGCUUUAAUUGCAACUGGGAGUCCUGACCCUUGAGCUUUCAUUGCACCUGCCUGAGCACCCAAGAGUCCUGUCCCCAGACAUUUCUGGGUCUAGCCAAGGAAUCCAGGCAUCCUGACAUCAUGCCAAGGCUCUCUUCACUCCUGCUGCUGGUGGUUCUCUGUCUCCUGUACUCGGAAGGCACCAGAGAAAGGAGAGUCAGCAAUGUGACUGAUCCCAAAUGCCCACCCCGGAAGAGAAACAUGGCGGCACUGACAGGGCAGACUUGUCAGAGGCCCUGUGAACGCCGUGGCUGCGCUAAAAGUAGGACAUGUGUGUGUGACGGGGAAUGUGGAAUGAGCUGCAUUCAGUCAGGCUUGAGUUGCCCAUGGCCAGUAACAUUUGAGAAUGCCGAGGCCAAUCUAGCUCAGGACUCCAGUAGGUUUGGGGGCUUCAUGGAGGUGAUGUGCAACCCUGGUUUCAGAAUGGCCAAUGGACAGGAAGCAGCAACCAGCCGCUGCCAAGGAGAUGGGAGGUGGAGCUUCACUGCACCCUGUGAAGAUGCUCUCAACCACUCAUCCCUUUGCAAACCUCCACCAGAGAUUGAAAAUGGAUUCCAUGAAGAUGGUCCCUACAAGACAGGGAACGAAGUGCAUUACUGGUGCGACUAUGGAUACCAAUUAAAGGGGCCCGAUACCCUCUUAUGCCAGGAAAACCAGGAAUGGUCACCCGUUACCCCAGCCUGCCAACCUGUUUAUUGCUCCCGGCCUGCCAAUGUUGCUGAGGCAACCCUAGUUGCUGUGCACCAGUCUGAGUACCCAGUGGGAACAGUGAUCUAUUACUUGUGCAACAAGGACUUCUACUUAGAUGGCUCCAACAGAGUCGUCUGCCAAGAGAACGGAACCUGGUCCCAGCUACCUUAUUGCAGAGCCCGCUGUCCCAUCCUCGCCAAGAGGAGUCGGAUAAUCUACCAAAAACACAAGCUCUGGUUCUAUGAGAUCCCAGAAGGUCUGGUCCAUCACGGAGAAUCAGUCACAUUUUUCUGCCGUAGUCAGAACAAGACUUGCAGUUUUAGGGCCGAGAGUCAGUGCUUUGAUGGUCAGUUGGAGCUGCCUGACUGCUAUGAUGAGCCCACCUACCUGCAAUACUAUCUGUUUCCCAAAAGAGUCGUAUCUGAAAUACCAACUUGUUGAGCAUCCUAUAAUCCAUCCUUCAGUGCUCCAAUAUGAUGCUUCCUUCUCCUUCUUCUGGCUGGACAGGCAUCCUGGAGAUGCAGAAAAGACCAUUUAGUUAUUUAAGUGACACAUAUGCAAAAACAUGAAGUGGAGCAGCUCAUUUGCGAGUUCACACAGUUCUACCAUUCCAAGAAUCCAGUCCUUUCCUUAGCAUUUCCCACAACUUGGAAUCAUCCAUUCCUUGAAAGCAGGGGGAGGAGGAGAGAUACUAUUUCAGUUCAAUCUACCUUACCUAACAACAAAUUCCAGUAUCAGGUUUUGUUUCCUUUUGUUAUUACAUCAACUAUAAAUUGACCCAUUCCUUAUGCUGGAGGGAAUAUAGAAGAGGGGUCAAACAAAUCCACCCCGGAAUUUGGAAAUAUUUAUUCCUUGAGAGGGAGGAGAGGAGACAGAGCCAUACAUACAAAUCUAAUCCAGUCUAUUCCAGUGCCAGGGUUUUUUCCAGUUCCCCUGGGACUUUUACACACAGCAGGCUUUACCAUGAGUUUACUGGGAGCCUUACUGCAAACUCGAAGUUGUCCCAAAAAAUUGAGACAAAGAGUGGAUUUUUUUACCCUAGAUAUAAAUCUGGCAACACUCUUAACAUGCAGUGAAAAACCUGAAUUUUGUGUGAACUGCUCUCCAAUAACUCACAGGAACUUGGGGGUAAAUCUGGCUGAUAUGUGAACGCACCCCCUCCAUUCCGGAGGAGAUUUGAAUUAAGGCUUUUUUUAAAAAACCAAUGUGAAAAAAUUCCUGUUAUGUUAAACCAGUGACUCCCAAGCUGUGGUUUGUGUACCCUGGAUGUAUUUGAGGACUCUGUUGGGGGUACCAUGUAGUCCCCUGUAGACCAACCUCUAUCUGUUCCAGGACUCUCUCUCUUUGUCUGUUGCUUAAUUUUGAAGUGAAACAUCAUUGCACUUCUUUUUAAAGUUGCGGGUACAUGCACCUAAUGGCGCUGUCGGGAAGCAACCUGCCUAGAGAGCAGGAGGCUGUUGGUUCGAAUCCCCGCUGGUGUGUUUCCCAGAAUAUGGGGAACUUCUUUAUCAGGCAGCAGCGAUAUAGGAAGAUGCUGAAAGUCAUCAUCUCAUACUGCGUGGGAGGAGGCUAUGGUAAGGUAAAGGUAAAGUGUGCCUUUGAGUCAGUGUCGACUCCUGGCGACCACAGAGCCCUGUGGUUGUCUUUGAACACAGAAUACAGGAGGGGUUUACCAUUGCCAUCUCCCAUGCAGUAUGAGAUGAUGCCUUUCAGCUUCUUCCUAUAUCACUGCUGCCCAAUAUAGGUUUUUCCCAUAGUCUGGGAAAAAUAUACUAGUCUGGGAAACAUAACAGUGAGGAUUCGAACUUGCAAUCUCUGGCUUGCUAGUCAAGUCAUUUCCCGCUGAGCCAUUAGAUAGCUCCAGGCAAUGGUAAACCACUCCUGUAUUCUACCAAGAAAACCACAUGGCUCUGUGGUCGCCAGGAGUCGAGAGCACAAUCUUUAACGUGCAAUUACCUGAGGUUUCAGGAGGGUCAUGCUAUCAAUCAAAAUUUGGGAACAGAAUAUGACAGCAGCCUGGUGAUGCUGUGGCAAACAACGAGGCAAGCCAGAGUCAAUCCUAACAUUGGGCAGAUUAUAAAACAUUUAUCCUGGGGUCGAAGGCCUUCUGAUGGUAUGUGCAUACUGCAGAGAGAAGGGAAGCUUUAUGAAAACAAAGCGGAUGAGAAAUAAGACACUGAGGUGAGAACAGGCUUAAAGCAGAUGCUUCUUAACACUCAUGUAAACUGAUUUGUAUAUAAUAAAUUGUGUACUUGUUAUA